AUGCCGAAAAAAAAUACAAAUUCUAAUAGACAGGGAAUGACUUAUAAUAUCAACUCUUUAGAUGAAAGAAAAAAGAUUAUGGAGUUAAAGAGAUUAGGAAAGAAGUCUAGAGAGAUAGCUACGAUAAUGAACAAAAAAUAAAAGUCAAUUGAAUCUGUCAAUAGUGAAGAGAGGAAAUCAGAAUACAAAGAAUUUAAAUAGAGAUUGAUCUCAUAUGGUUUAAGGAUCUUUAUGGAUAAUAUCUAAUAUUAUGUAAUAAUUAUCAAAUUAAUUUAGAUGUUGGAUAAGAAAAAGCUAACCAAAAAAGUCAGAAUUUUUAUAAAUCAAACUUUAUCAUCAAAAAAGAAUAAUGAAUUCAGAUUACUAAUACCUAAAGGUAGAAGAUCCUCCAGUUAGAGAAGAGUUAGAGAAAAAAUAGUUGAGACUAUUGUUUCUUGUUUAUUAUCAAGAUAAAAAACACUUGAAAAUGAUACAUCAACUAUUUAGAAUAAGAAUAAAAAAGAUAUUCUUUGUACUUAAGAAAAUUUGGAAAUAAAUUAAACAAAUUAAAAUUCUAACGACUAUGAAGAAUCUAUAGAGAAUUAAGGAUCUGAUGAUCAAAACGAUUAUUUAAUUAUUGAUCCAAUUACACCUUUCCAUCUAGGUUUGAAAUAGGAAACUGUAAACUUCUUCUAAAGUUAUCAAAGAAUUAAUGAGAUCAAUCUAAUUGAAGACUUAUCAACAAAUUAUGCAAAUACUUUCGAGUCGUUUAAAUAAUCUGUUGACAUGACUUCAGAAAAUGAAUCAAAUCAAACAUAAUUGAGUUCUAAUUGA